UAAAGACACACAUUUCAAUAUUAGUGCAAUUGAAACCAACGCCAACCAAGUGAUUUUUUUUGUUUGGCAAAACGUUAAAAAAUAAUAACAAAUAGUUGAGUAAUUAAUUGUUGAACAAACAAACAACAACUAAAGAAAUUUUAACAACCUUUAAAUAUAAAAAAAACUUCACACAUUUUUUGUUGCUGAAAUUUUGAGUUUAACAUUAAAAAAAAAUAUUUAAUUUAAUUAUAAAUGUUUUUUAAACUAAAUGAUCAUGCCAAUUUGUGAGAAUAAUUCAAGGAACUUUAAUAAUUUAUAAUUGAAUUAUAAAAAUUUUUAUAUAAAUAAAAAACAUAAAUUGCGAAAUGUAAUUAGUUUCUGCUAUAAGUUGCCAUAAAGAAGAUUUUGUCAAAGACGAGAUGUUGCAAUUAAUGUAUUUACUACUUGCUGCAGUUGCUUGUCAAGCGGGUUUGCUGUAUCCUGAGAUACCAAUUACCUCAGCCAUUACAAAUGUUCACUCUCCUACGGCUAUAUCACAUCAAUCAAUUACUCAUAUUCACACCAAAGAUCCCCAGUUGUUGGUUAAGCCCGCGGAUUAUAUUUUAGCCAAGGAACCUUUAACCACCCAUCACAAGGAAAGUACACAUCUGGAUAAUAUAGUAUUAUCUUCUACUGCUACUUCAACCGAAAAUGAAGAGUUUGAUUAUAUUAAAUCAUCUGACUUUGAUACUGCUUCACCCUCUAUUAGUUAUAAGGAUAAUACCCCUGUGCUCACUAGUUACUCACAUACACCAGCCCAUUUAACAUAUGCUGCUCGUCCUAUAGUAUACAAAAUGUUACCUCAACAUAAAAUAUCGGUUCUUAACAGAAGAUAUGAAGAAUUACUUUCUAGUCCUAGACUUAAGUUUUAUAAUAAGUAGCAAAAUUUAAGUUUUAAUAUUUUAAUAUAAUUGUAACGACUGAUUAUUUCCAUCAAUAAGGUUUCUCAUUAAGGAAAUCGUGCAAUUAUA